CGCCGCAUCAUCCUGUCCAACAUGAGGAUGCAGUACUCAUUUGAUGAGCGUCAACCACAGGGUCAGGGACCGCCAGGCCAGCAGGGCUCAGAGGACGCCGGAGAUGUGGACGACUCCUUCUCUAAGCAGGUUAAGUCCUUGGCAGACUCCAUGGACGACUCCCUCACCUGCCAGUCCGGCCGUGAAGACUCACAGGAAGCGGGAGGAGAUGGAGAGGAGGACGAUGACGAGGACGAAGAGGAGGGCGAUGAGGAGGAAGAAGAGGAGGAGGAAGAAGGGGAAGAGGACGAGGAGGAAGAUGAGGAGGAAGACUACAGACAGUGUGCGUGGCGCAACAGCACGACAUCUUCCCGACGUGCUGCGGGCCGGACGGGGGGAGGAGGGGGGAGGGCGGGGGCAGGAGGAGGUGCCUCCAUGCAUGAGGACAGCACCGCUACCUCCUUCAGUGAUGUCACCCUGUACAUGGAUGAAGGCUGCCUCCCCUCCUCGCCGCUGUCCCGUCCCGCCUCCAGUUCUGAUACAGAGUACUGGGGAGGAGGGGGAGGAGGAAGUGCAGGGGGGAGAGAAGACAGCAGGGAGACGGAGGGAGGCAGCAACACGAGCCGGAGGAGCAGCACCCCCUGCACAGAGUGUCGGGGCGAGUACAGAGGCAGGGGUGGAGGAGGAGGACAUCUCCCCGUCCUGACCAUCGAACCGCCCAGCGACAGCUCAGUGGACAUGAGCGACAGGUCAGAGCGAGGGUCUAUCGGACGCCUGGUGUACGAACAGGAGCCGUCAGGAGUCGAGCGGGGAGGAAGUGGGGAGAGGGAUAGGAGGGGGGGAGGAGUGGAAGGUGAAAGCGGAGAAGAUGAGCGAGGUGGAGGAGGCGGAGGAAGCAGCGAAGCCGAAUCUCCGCAGGGAACCAUCAAACACAAACCCAACGGCCGCUCGGUCGCCACGGCGCAGGGACAGACUCGCAGCCCCUCCAACGUCCCCCUGCCGAUGCCUUCGGCCCGCACCCUGCCCUCGCACCCGCUCCCUCACCCACUCCAGCACCCCCACCCUCACCCUUCACCCAUCCCCCACCUCCCCACCAUCCUCGACCACCACCCUCAGUACACCCAGCAUCACCUGAUGCACAUGCACCACGGACACGGCGGCAGCCCUUACAUGCAGCACGCUCACCACUUCGCCCAGCACCACUACCACCACCUGCACCAUCAACACCACCACCUCCCUCACGCUUACCCCGAACCCCCUUCUUCCCCGCUGCCAUCUCCCGUACCGCCCCUCACACCUCUCUCCCCCCUGCCACCGCUGACGCCCUCGCCGCUGUCCUCGUCCUCCUCUGCGCUCCAAAGCAUGGAGGCGCAGCAGCACCACGCUCACCACCCCCACCUCCACCACCACCACCUGCUCUGCUCUGAUGGAGACAACGAGAGCGUCAACUCCACCACCACCAACUCCAACGAUGACACAACGGUCAACAACUGCAGCUCCGGCUCCUCGUCCCGCGACAGCCUCCGGGAGCCAAUCGGAGGAGCUGCGCUGGGAAAGCAGACCUAUCAAAGGGAGAGCCGUCAUAGCUGGGACUCACCUGCGUUCAACAACGACGUGGUGCAGCGGCGGCAGUACCGCAUUGGACUCAACUUAUUCAACAAGAAGCCGGAGAAGGGGAUCCAGUACCUGAUCGAGAGGGGGUUUGUGUCAGACACGCCAGUGGGCAUCGCCCGCUUCAUCCUGGAGAGGAAAGGCCUAAGCAGGCAGAUGAUCGGAGAGUUUCUGGGAAGCCGGCAGCAGUUCAACAAAGACGUCCUUGACUGUGUCCUGGAUGAGAUGGAUUUCUCAGGGAUGGAUCUGGACGAUGCUCUGAGGAAGUUCCAAGCUCAGAUCAAAGUUCAGGGUGAAGCCCAGCGGGUGGAGCGGCUGGUGGAGGCCUUCAGUCAGCGAUACUGCGUUUGUAACCCGGUGCUGAUCCGGCAGUUCCAGAAUCCAGACACCAUCUUUAUCCUGGCCUUUGCCAUCAUCCUCCUCAACACAGACAUGUACAGCCCCAACGUGAAGCCGGAGAGGAAGAUGAAGCUCGAGGACUUCAUCAAGAACCUGCGUGGUGUCGAUAAUGGUCAAGACAUUCCCCGGGACCUGCUGGUGGCGAUCUAUGGAAGAAUCCAGAAGUGGGAGCUUAGGACAAACGAUGACCACGUGUCCCAGGUCCAGGCGGUGGAGAGGAUGGUGGUCGGCAAGAAACCCGUGCUGUCGCUGCCUCAUCGCAGGUUGGUGUGCUGCUGUCAGCUGUUCGAGGUUCCCGAUCCAAACAGAGCUCAGAGGAGCGGCGUCCACCAGAGAGAAGUCUUCCUGUUCAACGACCUGCUUAUGGUGACAAAGAUCUUCCAAAAGAAGAAGACUUCUGUGACGUACAGCUUCAGACAAUCGUUUCCUCUGGUCGACAUGCAGGUCCACACUUUCCAAAACACCUAUUAUCCUCACGGUAUCCGGCUGACGUCCGCGAACCCCGGAGGAGAGAGGAAGGUUCUGAUCGUCUUCAACGCUCCGAGCCAGCAGGACCGGGCACGCUUCACCUCUGACCUCCGAGAGAGCAUCGCAGAGGUCCAGGAAAUGGAGAAGUACAGGGUGGAGUCUGAGCUCGAGAAGCAGAAAGGCGUCAUGCGUCCUGGCGUGUUGACAGGGGGAGGACCGGGAGGCAUGGGCACUCAAGGAGGCGGGGCAAACAGCGGUGGAGGAACCUUAAAGAGUGAGGUGGUGAACGGUACCCUGGGAAGGCCGAGCCUCGACGACACGUACGCAACAGUGGACGGACUCAAGCGCACGGCACUCAGCUCGUCGCUCAGAGACCUCUCAGAGACAGGGAAGCGGGGUCGUAGGAACAGUGUGGGGUCACUGGACAGUACCAUCGAAGGUUCCAUUAUUAGCAGCCCCCGGCCUCACCAGCAGCGCCCUCUGCCUGAUGGAGGUCUUUCCUACAGCCCUAUCAUGGUUCCUACAUCUCCAGCAGCCUACCGGCCACACCGCCCUACUCAGAGCCCCGGUACGGGGGUGGGGGGUGGGCCGGGGCUCUGUCACAACCAGGGAGGGGUCACCACCUCCCCACUCGCGAGCGGGGGAGGGGUUGGGGGCGGCGGAGGGAUGCCGGCAGGGGGCGGACCGACUGGCGGAGGCCGACUAGGGAAUUUCUUCGGCAGCCGCAGAGGCAAAGUUCCUGGUCCCCUGACGAUGACCUCACCCCCUCCACAGGGUCCCCCGAGUCCCCUGAUGAUAUCAUCACCCCCCCACUACCCCGCCCCCGCGCCUCCCAUCCCCCACCCAUCCUCCCCUUCCCCAUGCCCCUCCCCAUCGCCCAACCUCGGGCAGUCGGACUCGGGCGGCGUUGGAGGGGGAGGCGGUACGGCAGGGGCACAAUCCAAGCUCCAAGCGUUGCACGCCCAGUAUUGCCACGCCAACAUUGGAGGAGGCGGAGUCAGUGUUACUGGGCACCAGCAGCAGCAGACACCGCCCCCACCUUACCAUCACCAUCACCGCUACCACAUGCAGAGCGUCCCGCAGCACCACGUCCUCUCGCACAGGUUCUCCGCACCCCGACGGCAAGGCCCGUCCGGCUGCGCUCCCUCUCAUACCCAGCAGCAUCAGAGGAUGCAACAUGUCAUCAUUCCGCACCCGCGCUACAACAUGGCGUCAGGCUUCACCACGCCGCCGCCGCUGUCCCCGCACUCCCCUGUCACCCCCAUUACCCCACACGGACUCUUCCACUCGCACCCCGCGGCGGGGAGGCCAGGUGGAGGGGCCAAGCUCCCGCUGACCAUCUCGCACUCGCAGCCCCACCCCCACGCUCACACACACUCUCACAACCACGCCGUGCACACACACUCCCCGCUCAGCCCGUCCCCGUCCGCCUCCCCCUCCACCCACUUCAUCUUCUCCACCCCGCCACCCCAGACUCCCUCAGCACGCCUCGUCACCCAGACGCCUCCGAAACCAUAUACCCCCCAGUACCCACCGCUUUCGUCCAUCCCGCCUCCCCCGCCGCAUUCACCCUUGCCUCCCCCGUCAACCGCCCCGCUCUCCCCGCACCCCCCGGGGGUGGGGGGAGGCCAAGGGGGCGGCCCCAAAUCCAAGCCCGUCAGCCGGAUCAGCACGGUCGUGUGAGGAGGCAGAAGUCUAGGACAGUGGCGCGUCACCCUGCAGUGAGCCGCCGGGGGGUGGUAGUGAGCAGGAGAGGGAGGAGGAGAGGUGGAGGAGGGGGAGGACAAAUGCAGCCGUAUGAAAGCGGACGCCUGGUGAGGAGGAGAACGGUGAGAGCGGGGAAGAGGAAACUUCUCAGCCUGUGUUAUUUCCACAUCCACUUCCCCCGCAGGUAGAAAGACGCACACACACUGACGGAUGCUUCUUACAGGGAGCAGAUCCUCCCAGAAAAAGCUGCUCGCGGAGCGAAAAGCAUCCAGAACGUGAAUCAUGCCGUUUUCAGUCACGUGAAGAUGAAGAAAAAACACCCACAUUGUCCCGAUGUCUUGGUGAAAACGUCCUCAUCUUCCCCCCGUAGUGCCCUUCAGAGGUGAGCUGGGAGGACAUAUUUGUAGUUCUUCAUCGACAGGGGAAGUGUUCGUGCCACAUCGUAGGAAUUUGUGUGCUGUCGUGGAAAAAAACGGUUCAGGGACCAGACGUGAAGGGAACAGUGCCUGAGAAUAUAUAUCCCAAGGAUUACGCCUGACAUAAUGUACAGAGAGCGGAGAACGAAGCGAGUCCGGGUCGCGUUUUCCAAAAAACACAGUCGUCUUACACCACCUUGUUUUCCGCACAAAAGCACUCUUGUUUUGGUUGUUGACAUAUUUACAAGCCAUGAGGCGUUACGGACAAGCAGAGGUGGUUAGCGUUAAUAUGGUGCAGUUUCUGUGUCUUAGACAGGCAUGCAUGACCUGUGCAAUAGCUAAUAAGUGUCAGUGUGACUGUGGUUAAACUUCUAUAUGCAGGGGGAGGGAGUUGUUGUGAUUUAAAGCCCCAAUCCAGCAUUUAUUUGGCCAUAAGAAGUGAAGAAUACGGAACACUUGACCGUCUAGGUGGACAAUAAACUUUCUAAAACCUUUAAAUAAGCCAUCAUAACAAACACUCCAGGUGUCUUUUUACCUUUGCAAAAAUAACUAAAAGCCUUUAGCGUCUGUGGAUUACAGGGUUUCAGCAGGGACUGCUACGCUGUUGUUUUGGAUUGGGACUUUAAAAAAAUUCCCAAUUAUUUCCUCAUGUAACGGGGAUUUAUUUGAUCAUUUGUGCUAAACCUGUGAAUGCUCUCCCUUGUUAUUAAGUAUAUAUGAAAGCAUAAGCCUGAAUUUGUCACAAACUAUAAUAUACUCAGAUAAUAUAAUACUGCAGCUUUCAGCUGUACUUCAUGCUCCAUGUUGUAUGUGACCCUCUACGUUGCCACAGACGGAGAUUGGGCCCAAAGCUGCCGGACAGGGAGAUGAGAGCUGCGGUACCUAAACGAAGCGAUGUAACUGUUCAGGUUAAGUUAAAUAAGGUGUAACUCUCUCUCUAACUUAUCAUCUUAACAGAACUGGGUGGGAAAUUAAAGGCUUGAAUUUACUUUACGAAACCAACAUUUUGACGCAAGACUCGUUUAAUAAUUCUGAUAAUCAAGCUUCAUCACAGCGUACCAAAAGUUUCAAAUGUUUCAUUUCUGUUGGUUCCUUUUUGUUUUGCUUCACAGCAGAACGUUGAUCACUGAUGAGGCUUCACUACAUUAUGUUAAACAUCUUCAGAUAAAGAUCCUUGAAAUCAGGAUUAGGAGACAGAGCCGUAAAGAAAAGAAAUACAAGUGAUGGUCUUUAGAUGCACAGACAGAUAUUAUUUAGAUUAUUUCAGGAGAGUACUUUUUUAUUUUCAAUUGCUGACAUCCCCUAAACUCAUCGCGUGCAGGUGAUCAUAAAGUUAUUGAUUUGAAAAGCUGGCAGCUAUGAACAGACUCAUGAUGUGUGAUUGUGUGUUUAACUGCAUGAGUGAGUGACUGAAGUCAUUUGUCACAGCAAACCAAAGACGACAGUGAAACGAAAUUCAAUAAAACUCGCCAGGUUUCAUUUGUAAUAAACAAGAUUUAGACAAUCAGACUGGAUUUUUUAAACUAUCAGAACUUCCUCUUGUCCCGCUCUCUUUGUUACAACUCUUUAAAGGCACGUUUAAGGGUUAAGACUUUGCUUUAGCUUUGGCACUUAGCAGAAGAGGAGGCUUGGAAGAAUGUUUCAGUCACACUAGGGCAAAGACACUGUGGCACCACCACUUGUGACCUUGUUGCCUUUGAAGUGGUUGUUUCAAAGAUGGGGGCCAAGUCUCUAGCUGCCAUCGUCAGAGCAACUUUGGUGCAUCGAGAUAUCGAUAAAAAUGCAAUAUGACGAGUCGGUCUGCUAUCGAUCUGCUGCCAGUCUGUGACUGAAUGAGGCGUUUACAUGCAAUCUGUUUGUGAUCAGUGCAAAUCUGCUGCCAUCGACAGACACAGAAGUUCACAUGAAAUCCUUACAGUCGAACCUCAUUGAUUUGAAACAGAAAUUCCGAAAUUCCUUCACAAGUAGUGACGUAGUGACGAUUUAACUCCAGAAUGACGCGGGUGUAGGAGCUUAACCAGAAUGCAACCGCCACCAGAGAUGCAGAAUAUGUACGCCUAUCAGGACAGGCUGACUCGGGCUGAUUAACAUGUCUCUGUACAAGCCUUCACCAGUCAGUCUGAGCCGGACUGCAAUUGUUUGGAGACAGGUGGCCUCCCAUAAGGAGGUUGCGGUCCCAGUUUUAGUCCAGUGUGACGGAGUCAUAGAAUUAAAUAUAGCAACUCAGGUUAGUCUUUACUGAGGUUCAGACAAGUGGGUCAAAGGGUGUUUUUCCAAUAAACUUGAUACAGCCGGCCUUUGUUUUGGAACCAGACUAGUUGCCCUCUGACUGACUGCCGUCAGAAAUAAAUUGGAUUUAAGGCGCUUCAGCACCUACGCCUGUUUUCAUAUGUAAUGAGUAGAAAACACUGGUAACAAGGAGCAAGCUUUAUUCAAAUAAAUAAGAACCUACUCAUCCAGAUGAUCUCAGAUUCACCUCUGCACUUACUUGGGUUCUCAGCAGUAGUUAGAAACUCUCUAUUAUUUUACUAAGAUAUAAAA